AAAAAUACCCAAACUACCGUCUUCUUCAUUUCAACAUACUCACUCGUUCACUGUAUCUUAUCUCUAAUGGCAAUGUCGUUUUCGCCUGCGAUUCCUGGACGCACCAUCUACCUGCACCCAAACAACAAGACGAACCCUCCCAAAACCCUACUAUCCCUUCGAGAUUGCGAGAAAUUCAAUUCGGCCUUUCGCAAUGUUGUGUUUUCGUGGAGCUCUGCUGGGAAUUACGUUGCACUUCAGGCUAGCACCAGAAGACUUGUGGGAAAACCUUUUGCUGUGAAACGAUUGUCUGAAAAGAGAACAGGAAUUUUUAGGUGUGCAACUAUUGAAGAAAUUGAGGCCGAGAAAUCAUUGAUUGAAAAAGAUGUCAAAGCAAGGAUGGAGAAGACAAUUGAAACUGUUCGAUCGAAUUUCAAUUCCAUAAGAACAGGGAGAGCAAACCCAUCCAUGUUGGAUCGGGUUGAGGUAGAGUACUAUGGGACUCCAGUCAGCUUGAAGAGCAUAGCUCAAAUCAGUACUCCUGAUUCAAGCUCUCUCCUGGUGCAGCCUUACGACAAAUCCAGCUUAAAGGCUAUAGAGAAGGCCAUAGUAAGCUCUGACCUUGGAUUGACACCCAAUAAUGAUGGAGAAGUGAUAAGAUUGUCCCUUCCUCAACUGACUUCAGAUAGAAGGAAGGAAUUAUUAAAGGUUGUCGCUAAACAGACUGAGGAUGGGAAGGUAGCAUUGAGGAAUAUAAGAAGAGACGCCAUAAAAGCCUAUGAAAAACUUGAAAAGGAGAAAAAGCUCUCAGAAGACAUCGUGAAAGACUUAUCAUCUGAUUUGCAGAAGGUGACAGAUGACUAUAUGAAGAAGAUGGAUUCCACCUACAAGCAGAAAGAGAAGGAGUUGCUGACAGUUUAGUGGCAGAUUUUAUGCUGAUAUAAAUGAGCAUGCAUGCAUGUCACCAUUAUCAUAGAAGACAAAGGCAAGGAUGAUGAUGAUGAUGAUCCUCACUGUGUAUCCAUGUCCUAAAUUUUCAGAAUUUUUAGUGUCCAUAGUCCAUACUAUACAUAAAAAUGCAUUGUAUCCUGUGCGUUUAUGACUUUAUGCUACUUAACUCGAUGUUACUUUUUCUGAUAUAUCAUAUAGGACACUUUUUGUUGUUGUAAUUUGGUAUAAGUGACUAUUUUGCAUCAUGAAAUUCUGCAAUCAAAUGAUAUGAAAAUUAUUAGUGAA